GGGGUGCAUGCAUAUUUUCACAUUUCCCCCAAACAAAUCGCAAUAUACCGAGGAGUUCCCUUAUCAAUGGGGUAGUAUAACUAUAACGCUGCGGACUGGCUUCGCCGGGAGCGAGUAUCGAAGAGAAAUAGAGGAUACUGUAAAAUGCUACGAGACUGCAACUGAGUAGUCUGAGUUGACUCAUUGACGUGCCGAGUAAUGUCGCAAGCUAUUCAUCUCUUCUCUAAAAGCGUUGCAGGCUUUGGAUUAUCAGACAGUAGAUGUCUUCCGUGCUCUGGAAUUUCUGGAAGGGCUGUCACAAUUUCAAGUUGCCCUUAUAAUGUCUACAGAACUUCUUCACAGGCAAAGGCUGUAUCAUUGAAAUGUGCAAUUGUGGGGGCAUCUUUUGUAUGCAAGGUUGGUGGUUCCAGUGGUCAGAGAAGAAACCCAGAUUUCUCAAGGUCCAGCAGGCACGGGUAUUCCCGAAGCAAGAACAGGCAAAGUGGAGGGAGAGAAGGCCCUGAAGUCUUUGAAGAAUCUGAGCUUCUAUCUUCAAAAAAUGGUCCUCUGCUCUCCAUCUCCAGUAGCCCAAAAUUCCAAGCCACUGCUACUCCGGGACCAAGGGAAAAGGAGAUCGUUGAACUAUUUAGGAAGGUCCAGGUUCAGCUCCGAGAAAGAGCAGCAAUCAAAGAGGAAAAGAAGAUUGAAGCCUUGCAAGGACAAAGUAAAGAAAGUGAAACUGUUGAUUCCCUUCUUAAGAUUCUAAGGAAGCACUCAGUUGAGCAUGGGAAGGGAAGCAGCAGUAGUCAUGGCAGAGGCAGAGGCAGCAGCAGAGAUUUUAUUUUAGAGCAACCUAAACAAAAUGGCUUAUUUCGUGAAGAAAAAAGCACGACCUUCUUUGAGUCAAAUGACAUUUCCAAUGAUGAUGCCCAAGAGCCUAAUGCCUCUUUUACCAGGCCUGUAUCGAAGUUCCAACGUAAAUCUCCCAUUCCUCGAGCGAAAGACGUGGCCGACGUGGCCAUGUAUUCCAAUAAAGACGCUGUCAAUUCUUUCGCCAACUUGAAUUCAGGUGAAAAUAAAAGGACUAGCCUGGUUGAUACGAGUCUGAAGCAUGAACCUGAGUACCAGCCUGAGCCUGAGCCUGAGCCUGAGCCUGAAGCCAUUUCUGAUCCUGAGGCUGAGCCUGACGCUGAGGCUGCCUUUUCAGAUGAAGAUAUUACCCUUUUUGAUCCGGAUCAAGCCUAUAAUAAUGAGGAUAGGGAAGAAUGGGAACCAAGUGAAAGUAGGGAUUUGACUGCAUUGAAGCUUUCAGAAUUGAGAUCACUUGCCAAGUCUUAUGGUGUGAAAAGGUACUCAAAGAUGAAGAAAAGUGAGCUUGUGGAGUUGCUAAGCAGUGCAGAGUUUGAUACGUGAUGCAUGGAGAAAGAACUCAGUUAGUUCACAACUUUUUCCGCUACUUGAGAAAGUCUUGGAAUGUUUCUUUUUGUUGUCAUAUCAGUUCUUUUUCUUUAGCUUGUGUAACCUUUAACCAUUCCUAAUUUUCUCGAGAUGGUUGUGGAGGAUUUUUGGUAGGGAGAAAAUCAAGCUGGCGUUUCCAUUUCGCUUUUUGUUCUAA